UGUAUGUAGUAUGUACCGUAUGUAUUUAAGAAUAAUAUAUUUAUUUGCUUAUGUAUGUAUUUUCUAUGUGAUUUAUAACAACUAGGUAAUCAAUUUGAUGCCCGAGAAUAACAUUAAAGUUAAACUUGUUUACUAUAUUUAUUUUUCUAUGAUAAAUGGUUAAAAUUUAAGUUAAAUCAUAUUUUUAUACCCAAAAGCAAUUUCGUAGGCUGUUAGUCAUGGAAAAUACUAAUAAGCGUACUCCAAGUCGUUGUCGAGAAUGGGAAAAACAAAGGCGCAAUAAAUUUAACGAUGCCAUAUCAAAAUUAGGAGAAGCAGUUAAAGCAGUGAAUAAAGCCAAGGAUCCUAGAAGUACAGAAAAUGAAAAUGUACAGUAUCCAAAAAUUGAAAUUGUUCAACAAGCAAUUUUGUGUCUAACUAAUUGUACUCAAGAACGAACACAACUCAAAGCAGAGAUAUUAGCUUUACAAGUCAAGUUGGAAAGUGCAACUUCGAUCAAAGGCGACAGUAAGGACGCUUGCGCCCAAGUGCUUAUUCAAGGAGAGAAAAGAGAUGUGUCCACUCAGGUCUUCAUUGGUGUUAAAAAGAAAGGAAAAAAUAGCAAAUAUGUAAAAUUAUUAAUGUUGCAAAAGUCAAAAAAACAUACAAAGAAUGAAAAGUUUUUGACCGCCACAACAACUACUGAAUCAAGAUCUCUACCUAAGCAAAUUUUAAAAGAACAGAAGAUCUUACCAAAAAUAAAGCCUGCAUUAAAAGCUCCAGACAACACCAUUGUGGUUCUACCCGCAGCACCGUAUAUUUUUCCUCAGAGGCAAUUGCUGUUUCCAUCAAUAGCACCCGCAUUUGUUGUCGUAAACCCAAACAUUCCGUCAACGAACAAGCCAUCAGUACCGGUGGUUACCAGACACAACAGCGACAUUACAAAAACAACAAUGGUAAACAUUUUACCGAUAUCCGCGUAUUCACGUCCUUUGUCUGCGAAAAAUAAAAAAAGUAUUGUCAAAUUAAAAAAUAACAAUAAUAAACGGAAUAUUAAAAAAAACAGACCUGUAGAAGUGUCUAAAGCUUCUACUGAUAAAGAUCAACCUAAAACUAAUGAAAUGAAAACGCUAUCUGACCAUAAACCAGACAAUGUAGAAUUAGAAGCAUUAACAUCUACUGAGAAUAUAUCUCAGAAAGUAGCGAAUAAUUGUGAACUCGCAAAACCAUUGGGUGAUGAUAUUCAAAGUCAUAGUCUAACACUAAAUGAAAAUACUGAAAAACCUAAUUGCCCUAAUCUAACAACAAAACAAGCAAGCCCUGCAUCUACCCCAACUACAACUUCUCUUAAAGAGACGGUAACACAAGCGAAUAUUGAUUCAAUUGUAACAACAGAUAAAUCAAUAGAAUCGAAAACGAACACGGAACCCGUUAAUGAUACUAGUAUUGUAAACAUCGAAGUUCCCGAAAAAUCGACUACAAAAGGAGACAAAGAAAGUAAAUUGCCAAAUAUACUAGAAACUUCGUUGUGCGAUGGAACUGUCGACGGCGGUAACGCUAGAUUGGAACUGGCCGAAGAAUUACUCGCCGCAUCACCCACGGCCGCGUUCUUAAUGUCUUUCCCGUUAGUAAGCGGUAAUAGGGCAGACAGUCCCGCUGAAGAUGCUCAAAGUUCCGUACCUAUUGCUCCCAAAGAAAACAAUCAGAGACGUCGAGAACCAAUACAGGAGCCUAGUACGUUUUUCGACAAGCACAACGUAAAUCUUAACAAAAUCAAGCCAAACAAUAAAGCGACCAUAUGCGAACAAGAAGUAAAGCAAAAACCAAAUCCAGCAAUCAAAGAGCUCCAACCCCCUAAAACAACUAAUAUAGCAGUAUCGACGGCAAACAACGAAAACCCUUUCUUAAAUUUAAGUGUCCCAUCCAUAGUUUCGACUAAUUACACACCAGCCGACCCGACAUUUGGAAUAGAAUUUGAUUGUAAUAUGAAUAAAACAUUACCAAAUCAAACGACGACUUACAGUAACAACUUAUUCUAUAAGGGGGAUCCCUUUAGUUCCGUAAAAAAUGCUAUUUACAGCACAAGCACAAUAACUUCCACGCACGAAUUUAAUAGCCUCGGUCUUUAUCCUUGUGCCAUGGAAAAGUACACUUCGAAAAGUAAAUCCGACUUCUCGAAUGUAGACGAAAACCUCAUGAAAUUGGGCUCUGCAAGACUAACUUACGAUAUUGACCUGGGUUGGUCACAUAAAGGCCUUGAUUUCGUUAACUGCACAACCAAUAACGCUACGUUCAGUAAGGACAUACUAACAACAGUUUCGGCGCCUUGUUCGACGACGUACAAUCCGUUUAAUCCAGAAUUCCAUAUCCCAUUGGUGUCGAAUGCAAAAGAAAACAUAACAAACAAGGGAAGUUCCUUUGUAGAUACAAUUAGCAGCCUUUACUCGCAACCCACGAAUUUAUGGACAGAAGAAUCGCCGUUUUACUCAAACAAUGGUGGAACUAAAUCAUUAAAUUGCAAACCACAGUACUUGCCUACAGAUCCAUUACAAACCAUUCCGAAUGCUAAAGUUAAUGAACCGAAAAUUUACGACACGAAAGUUGGAGAGGCGAUUGUUAAUAGUAAUAGUGUCAAGCCCAUUUUAGGAGUAAAUUUGCCGGAGAAAUAUACGAAGAAAUCGCCUAGCAAAAUGCACAUCAAUUGGAUGACAUCUGAAAUAAGACCAAUGCAAAAUUAUAAUCAUACGGCUGAGACGAAGGACAUUCAAAGAACGGCUUACAAUCAGUUGGAUCAAAAACCAACAUAUAAUCACACAAAUAAUAACACGAAAAAGCAUGAUUAUCACGAUGGCAAUUAUUUUCCCAUUACAAUGCCUAAUUUCCCCGCUCAAACAACUCAAGAAGAAUUUCAAAUAUGGCCUUCAGCAAGACCCCUCGGUACGACUGAAAUCAGUAUAGAUCCUCCGCCCAUUAAUUUGCCGACAUUAGUGGGUGACCUAGCUCUUGGUCCUCAUGAAAAAAAGAAGAAUAUGGAGGCCAUAAAUAAAUUGCAGCCACAGAGUGACAUGCAAAACUGUGGGAAUUUCUUAUCUGUAACUCAACUCAUGAACCGCUCUAACGAAAACAUGAAUACCCGCUAUCAGCCACCGAUAUUUGAGCCGUCAAAAACGGUGAAACAAUUUCCGAUUCGAUCAAACGAUCAAAAUUUAUCACAUUUCAGUAGUGAAAAUCGUAAAAAUGCCGCGGCCAGAAUAGAAAACCAAUUGCCCCAGCACGGUUACGGUUUUAAUGAUCACAAAAUAGUGAAUUCUUACGAGAAUAAUAACAUGGUAUCGUAUACACAAACAAAACCCAAGGCAAACAAAAAUGAAAAAAGCAAAUCACAAAAAAACAAUUAUUCAGCCGAAGCCUUACUCAGGGGUGGGAGCUGUAAUCAGAAAAUUCAGGACAUUAGUAGUGCUAAAUACAUGCCAUCCUCUCAAAAAUAUAACGAGUUUAAUUCGACCGUAGAAACUGGUGUAGCACAAGUGUCUCACUUCCCGCCGAUCUUAGAUUACACGGAGAAUACGUACCAACAACAAUUCCCUGGCACUAAUCUAUACAACGCUACAACGAACACAAUCUCGAACUCUUUCUACAGCAACUUCAUGCAGAAUAGCGGCAACCUCAUGACUGGGAAUUACGCAAGUGGCCCUUUUCCCGGUGAUUUUAUUGACUACAACCAACCUACAGAGUGUCACAAUUACACAAGUCAUAAAUACGAAGAUCUGAAAAUGAGAAACAGUUCGAAUUAUCAACAAGAAAAACUGCCGUCAAAUUACAAGACUUCCAGGAGGGAAUCGGCUACGAAACAUAAGCUAGAAUGUUCUAAAAAAGAGACCAGUAAAAAAUUUCAAAGUAAAAGAACCAAACUCAAUACUGAAACGGAAGAAUGGAAUGAUUCCUCUCAUUUAUUGUGGCAGAAUAGAAAUUCCAACAAAAGACAUGCGAAUUUAAUGCCCGAAGAACUUCCAUUUACAAACUAUGUGAGUAAUCAGAUGGCUUCCCAGUAUCAAUCAGAGUUCCUAAAUAGUCAUCUUGUUACUUCGAACGUUCAAACCAUGGGGCAUAAUGUGGACAGAACUUUAGCCAGUUUUUCGGGAACAUCUCGGGCCAAUUUCAAUCUCAGCACUAUAUUCCCUGAAAUAACCAUGAAGGUCCAGUCGUGAUAAACGAGAAAAGACAAAAUUCGAAUUAUUAUUAUAAUAAUAUUACAUUCGUACUGCAUACAAUGAAGUUAAAUAUUUCUAACUAGUAUUAAUAAAAUUGUUACGUACUAUUAUAUUAUGGAAAUGUAUUUUAUUAUUUGUUACUCAAAAUGAAUUUUAUAUUGUAUUAAAUAUUUUUUUUACUAAAACGAUCAAUUUUAAUUCGGUUAUUUUAAAAGCAUUAAAACGAAUUCAAUUUACCCAAAAUU